AGCUCCUCGGUUGUAAACAGACGGUGUCCAGACUGAGACGGAGCUCAACUCCGGGUGGAUCUGACCAGAACCAGCACAGACUCCAAAAAAGCACGAUGCACUGAGCGAGCGCCAUCAGACGUUGGGUUCAGAAAAGGAGGGACCACAACCACUGUAUUUUCUCCAAAGUCAGACAACAAGGUCCUCUCCUGUGUCCACAAUGACCCCCCUCGAGGAUAGUGACAUGCACACCUUCGGCACGGAGCUGCCCGCCAUGUUUGAUGGCAUGAAGCUGGCAGCAGUGGCAACUGUCCUCUAUGUCAUUGUCCGCUGUCUGAAUCUGAAGAGUCCCACGGCAGCACCAGAGAUCAUCUACCAGGAUACACCGCUCAGCCGCUACCUGCUCAAAUCCUGUCCGAUGCUGACCAAAGAAUACAUUCCUCCCUUGCUGUGGGGUAAGAGUGGUCAUCUCCAGACGGCCCUGUAUGGCAAGAUGGGACGUGUCAACACUCCAACGCCAUGCGGAGUCCGCAAGUUCCUCACAAUGCAGGACGGGGCCACAUCGACCUUUGACCUGUUUGAAGCACGUGGUGAUCACAGCACAGGAGAUGACAUUACCAUGGUAAUCUGCCCUGGGAUCGGUAACCACAGCGAGAAGAACUACAUUCGGACCUUUGUGGAUUACUCUCAGCAGCAGGGUUACCGCUGUGCCGUCCUCAACCACCUGGGAGCCCUGCCCAACGUAGAGCUCACCUCACCGCGCAUGUUCACCUACGGUUGUACCUGGGAGUUUGCAGCCAUGGUGGGCUACAUCAAACAAGCUUUUCCCGAGACAAUGCUGGUGGUUGUUGGCUUCAGUCUGGGGGGAAACAUCGUCUGUAAGUUCCUGGGUGAGAACAAAUCCAACCAGGACCGAGUACUCUGCUGUGUCACCGUCUGUCAGGGAUACAGCGCCCUCAGGGCCCAGGAAACAUUCCUUCAGUGGGAUCAGUGCCGAAGGUUCUACAACUUCGUGUUGGCAGAUAACAUGAAGAAGAUUAUCCUGUCACACAGGAGCACUUUGCUUGGCAUGAGCUUGAGCAACAUUGGUGAAGCAGACAUGAGCAGACUGUGUGCAGCCACAUCUCUGAUGCAGAUUGAUGACAGCAUCAUGAGAAAAUUUCACGGCUACAGUUCCUUGAAGGAGUACUAUGAGAAGGAGAGUUGUGUGCACUACAUCGACAACGUCACUGUGCCUCUCCUCCUGGUAAACUCCUCAGACGACCCACUAAUUCAUCAGUCACUACUGGCUAUUCCACGCACACUUGCAGAAAAGAUGCCCAAUGUGAUGUUUGCCCUGACUCAACAUGGAGGCCACCUGGGCUUCUUUGAGGGAGCAGUGCUGUUCCCUCUGCCCCUUACCUGGAUGGACAAGUUCAUAGUCAAUUACACCGAUGCUAUCUGCCACUGGGAGAAGAACCAGCCGGCCUGUCAGAGGAGCGCCCACCAGGACACGCACUCCUGCAUGCAGAGCAGAGGGGUAAAACUCAGUGGGUAACAAACAGAGAUGUCUGGAGAGAAAAACCUUGACCAAAACUUUAAAAACACGCAAGCACAUAUUUAGCCUUCUGUAUGUGCUCUAAUCCAAUAGUAAUGGCCUUACAGUUUAGAAUGUAAUUCUGGGAAAUGUAGGAAGUCACUAAACGGAUUAGAAAAGUCAGUCAACAUGGAAACGGGUACACCAAGUAAAUUGAAACUCACAUAAGACAAUACCGUAAAAUGUAAUAUGACCCCAUGGUUAAUUGCUCCUUCCUCUUCUGUGUUCCUCUGCUGGUUUAAAAAAAUCUUUCACAAGUUCACAACCAGAUUUAAGUGCCUUAAUAUAAAUGUGAAUCUGCAAGAAAUUUGGUUGCUGGCUUCUCACAAAUCAUUGAGCUACCUCUGAUAAGCAGCCGUACGACUUGAUUUAUGGUUUACAGUGGUCAUUUGUUGUUAAGGCUUAAAAUAAUAAUUUCCUAAUAUGAUUUAAUAUGAUCUUGCUUGUUUUUGCCGGGAGCAUAGACGCUCCAGUUUUUCACUUUGCGUUUAAAUUGUGUGUGGUGGACCAUCAGCAUGCAUUAUUGCUGCUGAUAUUUAAAGUAAAGGAAUCAGGGUGGAAGAUUUUUAAAGCAGUUUAAGAGUUAUAAAAACACAGACAGACAGAAAUGGUUAUCUUUGAGUUAAUGAUGUUUUUCUAACACUCCUUUCUGUGUUGUUAAAUGGAAAAAUGGGCACUUUAUACAAACUAGGGUUAACAUUGUACGUCACAUGUUGUACUGGUCCAGGUCAGCUUGUCCCAUUCCAUGAGUUGCUCCACAGUGCCUUAAAACCAGCGGGUAACAGCAUUUAUUACUGUGAUGCCUCCACUACCAUAGCAUGAGGAUGGUCGGGCAGUUUAAUUUCCUAAAUGCUGCUGUUAACUCUGGUUAUUACCACAGAAAAUGUCCUUUUAGAAUUGUACAAUCCAGGACAAAAGGUACUGAAAAAAGUAUACUAUGACUGGUUGUUCAGGACAGAGCUGGGUCAAACUCUGUUUACAAUCAUUUUUAAAAGAAAGGAGGAGAGUGCAAAUGGGACACACACAGUAAGAUUAUUCAUAAGAAAUCCUGUUGUGCACUCUCAGUUUAUGCACUUACCAAAAAUGAACCAAAGCAAUCUUCACUUUUCAAUAAAAAGUAGCUCAACUUUGUACUUUUUAAUGAUUUUGCUGCAUUUUGGCCAUAUGUGACCCAAAAAAAGGCACAUGGCUUUGCCUCAUAAACAGUGGAGGUCUCAUAUUAGACAUUACAUAGGUUUCAUAACUGACCCAAGAUUUUGGGUUUUAUUUUAAGCUGCCUAUUGCUACAUACUAGUACUGGAUGGGUGGAGUUUUCCUCAUAAAACAAAUAAUACAAACAACAAAUACAGUGAACCGAGAAGUAAAGACAGUGACAUAUGAAAACUACCAAACAAAACUUAGCUCUGUUGUGUCUCAUCUCAUGAUACAAACAGUAUAUAUUUCCACCAGAAAUGUUUGUUUUUGUUCUGUGGUUUAUGCUGGGCCUUUUUUAUUUCUAUUUUGAGAAGUGCCUUUGUGCGGGAAAGUUUGAUAUUAGUCACAGUUUCCUGUAACAUCUUGUCAGACUCUGUAAAUGCAGUGGACUCCACCCAAGUUCAUGCCUAUCGUAUUAAUCAACAUUUCAACCAUUUGAUUUAAUAAAACUUUAAUUCUCUGUCUAGAAAAAGCUGAAUGCAGCCUGCACCACUACUGUGUCUGUAUGUGCAAUAUGUCCUGACUGACAUAUGGAGUAUUUUGCCUGCACUUUAGUGUCUUUACAGUUCCUAUUGUUUCUGUAAUAUGUAUCAGCAUUUGGGUGUAACAUAAUCUAAUCGUAAUGUGUUUUGUUCUGAUGCUGUGCACAGCCAUGACCUUUUUAGUCAUAUUUGAACUAACUGAUUAAUAAAUAUUUUUCGCAUA